AUGACCGCCAAAGACGAACACAUCGCCGUAACCCGGUUCCGCGAAUUCCUGAGAGUCAAAACGGUUCAGCCAAAACCCGACUAUGUGGGAUGUGAGGCGUUCUUGAAGAAGUAUGCUGAGGAGUUGGGGUUGGCUUACACAGGCGUCGAGUGCGUGAAGGGCAAGCCCAUCUGCAUUCUAACCUGGGCCGGCACGGACGCCUCGCUGCCGUCCAUUAUGCUCAACUGCCACUCGGAUGUUGUACCUGUCAGCGCUGACAAGUGGACGCAUGAUCCUUUUGCGGCGGAUAAGCUGGAGAAUGGGGAUAUCAUUGCCAGAGGAGCGCAGGAUAUGAAGUGUGUCGGAAUCCAGUACCUGGAAGCCAUCCGCAUCUUGAAGCAGCAGCAAAAGGUCCAGCUGAAGCGGACAUUGCAUGUAACCUUUGUGCCCGAUGAAGAGAUCGGCGGUCAAGACGGAAUGAAACUGUUUGUCAAGACGGACGACUACAAGAAGCUCAACAUCGGAUUCGCGCUCGAUGAAGGGCUGGCCAAUCCCGGGGAUGCGUACAAGGUGUUUUAUGGCGAACGCGCGCCGUGGUGGUUGACCAUUACCGCCAAGGGAAAAGCCGGCCAUGGAAGCCAGUUCCUUGAGCCGUCCGCCACCGUUCGCCUGCUCAAAGUCCUCAACAGAUUCCUCGCCUUCCGCGACUCCGAAUCCAACCGCCUCAAACACGGUCGCACCGCCAAAUCCGUCCCCUUCCAGCUCGGCGACGUGACCACCACCAACAUCACCAUCCUCAAAGCCGGCGUGCAGCACAAUGUUGUGCCCGAGACCGCGUCCGCUGGCAUCGAUAUCCGCGUGGCGCCUACAGUGGAUUUGAAUGCGUUCAAGGAGAUGAUUGAGGGGUGGUGUGCCGAGCAGGAUGUGGGGAUUGAGUAUGUGAAUACGUUUUGGUCGAAUGCAACGACGGCGCCGGAGGAUCAUAACCCUUGGUGGAGGUUGUUGAAGGGUGUUGCGGAGAAACGGAAAGUCGACUUGGAACCGGAAAUCUUCCCCGCCGCAACAGACUCCCGCUACAUCCGCGAAAUCGGCAUCCCAGCGUUCGGCAUCUCGCCCAUGCGCAACACCCCCGUCCUCCUGCACGACCAUGACGAGUACCUCAACGAACGCGUCUUCCUCGACGGCGUCGAUUUCUACACGGAUCUCGUGCCAGCGCUGGCCAACAACACCGAGGAGUUGGUGGAGCGGUAA